AUGGAUUUGAACAUAAUAAAACAACUUCAGAGAGAUCAACUGGCCCAUAUGUUAGAGUCGGAUCCUGGAAAGAAAGAUUUAGUGAUUGAUCCUUGUUUUACCAAAUUAUUAGAUCGUAUUGCUGGUGUCACUUUUCUGAAGCAACAUGGGGUGGAUAAGAUUUUUAAACUGGAUCCAACACAGAAAUCAUUGGGUGGAAGUGAAAUGAGAAUAUAUUUUGUACGUCCGACUAUCUCUACAAUGAGAUUAAUAUCUAACCAUAUUAACUCAGAAAGAUUCGACGAUACACAGAGAAAUUAUAAAAUAGUCAUGGUACCACGGAGGCUACAUGUGUGUGAACGAGUGUUGGAAUCAGAGGGAGUUUAUGGUUCUAUUGUUAUUGAUGAAUUUAAUUUAGAUCUGGUUACCUUGGAUACUGAUUUACUUUCUCUAGAAUUACCAGAUUUCCUCAAAUCAUUUUAUUUGGAUGGGGACCAUACUUGGUUACACACCAUAGCAACAUCAAUCGUCCAUCUUGAAAAUCUAUAUGGUUGUAUACCUAAUGUCUAUUGUAUUGGGAAAGGAGCUAAGAUGACCUUUGACAUGAUGAACAUCCUAUCAGAACAGUCGAGAGCAGACGCUGUAGAAAAGGAAGAAAACCUGAAAAAUGGACAUCUAUUUAUUAUUGAUAGAGAUAUUGACUAUGUUACCCCAUUGUGCACUCCUGUAACUUAUGAAGCUCUGUUGGAUGAAAUUUUUGGAAUUGAUUGUGGUAUCAUAGAUUUAUCAGACCCUAUCAACAAUACACAGGGUGGAAAACUUCUACUUACUAGUGAGAAUGAGAUAUUUCAGAGUAUAAGAAAUCGUCAUUUUUCCAAUGUUUUUGAGUUUAUUAGUAGUAAGGCGAAGGAAUUAAAAACAAUACAUAAUAAAAAAGAUGAUCUGAAGAGUGUUAAAGAUAUGAAAAAUUUUGUGUCAAACGACCUGCAGAAACUUAAACAACAACAAAAAACUCUUGCUCAACAUAUUGGUGCCUGUGAAACCAUCAUGAAAUCUAAAACUAAAGCUAAUUUUGAAGAACAUACACAGAUAGAACACAGUAUUUUACAAGGAAUAGAUUCUAGAGGCUCCAUUACUUAUAUUGAGGAAUGUCUACAUAAACAGAUCAACUGGUUGUCUGUAUUAAGAUUAAUUUGUCUGUUAUCAUUGACAGAAGAUGGAAUUUUACCAAAAGAUUAUAAAAAUCUUCGUACACAGUUUCUACAUAGUCAUGGUUUUGAGUUGAUGACGUCAUUAUUCAAUUUAAAGAAAAUGGGUAUUUUUACCGAACAAGAAAUACCUCAAUCAGCAAAAUCUUUAGGAAAGAUGGCGUCCAUAACAAAACGUAGUCAGUUUAAAACUAUAAGUAAAAGACUCAAUUUAGUACCGAAAUCUCCAGAAAACGUCAAUCUGCGUAUUCCAGAUGAUAUGGCGUAUGUUUUUAACGGAGCUUAUUCACCUUUAACUUGUAAACUGGUGGAUGUGAUUUUAUCUCGAGACAGUUUAGUAAAUUUAGAAGAUACAUUUAAAAUGUUACCAGGUGGCGUUUAUCAUGAGAGGACGAUUUCUUCUACACCAAAACCAACUGGAAGUUAUACAAAACAGACCCGCCCAGAGGACCAGAUAGUACUGGUAUAUUUCCUCGGGGGAUGUACCUUCUCUGAAAUUACAGCUUUACGCUUUCUAGCUAGAUCAAAAGGUUACAAAAUCACUAUAGCAACCACUGCCAUAGUAACUGGUAAUAGUUUUUUAGAUUCCGUCAUGGAACGAAAACCAAUAUAACCAAAAUUAUCAUCAUCAUUGUUAUUUUUGUUUAUAUUUAUAAAAUAAACUUGUUAUAUUCCAU